CUCUCAUAUACGCGGAAAAAUAUCGGUUGUUCGAGUGAAGCGUUAUCAAUCUCUAGUUGGAAUUACUUAAUAACUUAAUUGUAAUACCUCGCAGUAGGGCAACCUAUCCCUUGAGAAGUCAAUUUGGUGAGCGCAACAUGUUUAGAAUCGAAUAGGAAACGAGAAUUUAUAAUUAAACAAAGGAAAUUACUAUACAUGAGUGGAAAAUCAGAGAUAUCGAUGAGGCUGAAUAUAAUAAUUCUACUUUAUCUGAUGAUUAUCUCUUAUGCCGAGGCUCAAACUGAGACAAUGCGCGGGGUGUCUUGCGUAAAUAAAUCUAAUGAGUUGACUGCUUCCCGUAUCAUACCAAAAUACAUUCCAGAACCUCUACCAGGUGCAUUAUUCGUGGACUAUCUUACAUAUGCAGCUCGAUGCGGGAUGGAACCAAAUCCCUCACUCUUAGAAGUUUUAGACAAACCCAAUUUUUAUUUCAUACCGGAUCCUAAAAUUGAUUAUUACGCUUUAUUUAUGUUUGAUCCUGAUGCACCGGCUCCAGAAGCACCUAUAUUGAGCCCAAUACUCCAUUACGCUUCCUGCAAUAUUCUGAAGAACAAGACAGACACAGGCAUAACGCUUGCUGAUUAUCUACUACCUACGCCUUUAUCCGUUGCGCCUCACAGAUACAUAACUUUCGUGUUUUCACAAAAGGACAUUUUACCAGUGGAGAUAUGUUUUCAAGGAAGAUACUCUUUGAAGCGAUUCUUCUUUCCGCUGAAGAAAACGAUAGCUGAACUGAACUUAACAUAUUACGGCGUCCAGUUCUAUAAUGUAGGCUUAACAUAGUAAUGAAUGAAUGUUUUACCUGAGGUGCAUUUUAAUGAUAUAUACAACUAUAUAGAAUCUUAAGAAUUGAAUGCAUUUCGAUAAAUGGUUUGGACAAUUUCAUAGGGAAUAAGUAUGUAUAAUAAACGCACAUUGAAAGUUAUUGCGCUCAGGAAAAAAUCACGAUGUUUUGACGAAUCAUCUUCAUGCAGCUUUAUUUGUAUGAAUAUACACCGUCAAAGGUCCACAUAAACAUACAAAUAAUAAUUAUUAAGGUUGUGCUGCCUUUUCAUCAUUGAACUUUCCAAACAUCAGUGCGCUCAGCCUUUGUGGAUAAUUUCACCCUCGUACAAAAAGUUUCAUUCUUAAAUUCCUGUAUUAUCUAUUUAUUAAAGCUUUUGGUGGCAAUGUAUUUUAUAACUAUUUUUAUAUAAAAUAUGCGUGUAUGCAUGACAUAAUAUAAUUUUAACUUUAUUGAGAAGAAAUGGGCGCAUGUGUCUAUGCAUUGGACCCUUCGAAACAUUUUUUUGUGCAAAGACUCAUGAUUAAUAAAUAAAUGCUUAUGGAAAAUAUUGAAUAAAAAUGUGGAUCAAGAAA